UUUUCUCUCUCUCUACUCACAUCCGACGUCUCAGCAUAACCUUGAGCCGACCCUUUUCAUCCUUGCCGUUCCUUGUCAAGCAUUUCAUAAAUCUAGGCUUUUUGUCCACCCCCCACCUCCUUAGCCUAGGUGUAGUUUUCUUGUGGGAUUCAAAGUUCUUGGUUGUUUAGGUUAGGCUUCCUCUCUCUCUCUCUCUCUCUCUUCAAAUUUCUAUCAGCAUUGAGGAAUCCCAAUUUCAUAAGGUUCUGAAACGCAGGAUAACACAAUGCUGGUUCCUCCAUGGCUAGAGAAGCUCCUAACCACCACCUUCUUCAGCGUCUGCCGGAGCCACGGCGCCUCCACCCGGAGCGAAUGCAAUAUGUAUUGCUUAGACUGCAAUGGUGACGCCUUCUGCUUCUACUGCCGCACAUCCAAACACAAAGAUCAUCGAGUAAUUCAGAUAAGGCGAUCGUCGUAUCACGAUGUGGUCAGGGUUUCGGAGAUUCAGAAGGUUUUGGACAUAAGUGGGGUGCAGACAUAUGUAAUAAACAGCGCCAGGGUUUUGUUCUUGAAUGAGAGGCCUCAGCCUAAGGGUGGGAAGGCUGUUUCUCACAUCUGUGAAAUCUGUGGGAGAAGCCUUUUGGACACCUUUCGUUUCUGUUCUUUGGGAUGUAAGCUUGUAGGAAUAAAGAAGGAUGGAGAUGGGAGCUUUUUCUUAGAUGCGAAGAAUGAGGUAGGAAUGCAAAGAGGUGAAGGGAUAUCAAGAAGAGUGAAUAACAUGUCAUCAUCAUCAACAUCAUCAAGAGAAGAGGAAUUGGAAGUGCGUGAAGGCUCACAACAAGACAUAUACCCACCCACACCCCCUCCACCUCCUUCUACAAGAAGAAGAAAAGGCAUUCCUCAAAGAGCUCCUUUUACCUCCUAAUUGCACUCUCUUUUUACCCCAUCAUUAAUCAAAAUUCUAACUCAAAUCGUGUUUGGUCGAACCUUAAUCAAUUAUAUUAUAAGUAUAAUAUAUUCAUUUCAGUGUAAUUGGUAUACAGUUCAAGAUAAGUGACCAACCACAUAUAAAGUACAUUAUACUAUAUGACUGUUUGGUUCGGCCAAAUCUGAUUUGAGUUAAAAUUUAAGGGGUUUGCACCAUUUUUCCGUUGGAAUGUUGUAAAAAAAUUAUAAUUUAUAAGAAAGAGCAAUAAUUAUUAUAUAAUUAUAUAGAAUUGUAAAAAUGUAAUUUUGGUGGAAAAAAAAAAAA